CGCCAUUCGGAUUCACCGGAAGUGAAGCAGUGUAACUGGAGGACAACGGCUCCGUGUUGGGGUUUUGUUUUUGUUUUUUAAACUCGAAUAAACAAUUUUAAAAGUCUUAAAAUGCGUGAAGACGAGUCUGAUUCUGACUCUGGCAGAUCAGAUGAAGGCGGUUCGUUUCGGAGGAGACUUGAAACUCUUUGUCAGGAGUUAAACAUAGACGAAGAGACGGUGCAGGAGGCGAUGGGCAACUUUACUGCAGUAUGGAACACAUACACACUGGAGGGGGAGGUUUUGCACUGGUUGGCCUGCUCUCUCUAUGCAGCUUGUAGAAAAACUUGGACUCCCACUAUAGGUAGUGGCAUGGUGGAAGGUAAUUGUGUCUCUCUCACAAGAAUACUACGUUCCUCCAAACUCAGCCUUAUCCAGUUCUUCAGCAAGAUGAAGAAAUGGGCAGAUAUGUCAAAUCUCUCACAGGACUUCCGAAAUCGUAUAAGGUGCCUCGAGAGGAAUUUUGAAGUGUCAACUGUGAUCUUUCGGAAAUUCGAGCCAAUAUUUUUGGACAUGUUCCAGAACCAUCAAGUUGACCCUCCUCGUCAGCCAAGAGGCAGGAAGCAUAGGCGUCUUCUCUGCCACACCAGUGAUGUUUUCAAGUUCUGUUGGACACUGUUUGUGUAUACCAAAGGCAAUUUCCAUAUGAUUGGAGAUGACCUAGUAAACUCCUAUCAUCUCCUUUUGUGCUGUCUGGACCUGGUCUAUGGUAAUGCGCUUCUCUGUAGCAACAAGAAGGACCUCAUCAAUCCAUAUUUUAAAGGCUUACCAACAGAUUGCAUGAGCUCAGAAGAGGCUCCCUGCAUGCUUGAGCAUUUGUGCGAACUACACGAUGGUCUAGUUGUUGAGGCGAAAGGGAUAAAAGAGCACUAUUUUAAACCUUACAUCAGAUGUCUAUUUGGGAAAAAGGUUCUUAAAGGAAAUAAGGACACGCUUACUGAGUUGCUGGACACACCAAACUUCCAAGAUAAUAACAAAGCCAUAAAUCGUGAAUAUGAAGAAUAUGUUCUGACGGUCGGUGAUUUUGAUGAGCGGGUGUUUUUGGGUGCUGAUGCCAAUGAGGAGAUUGGUACACCACAAAAAAUUACCCCAAAGCCACAAUCCAGUCAGCUGUCAGCUCGAAUGCAGGUAGAGAACAACCUUCAGCAGCACUUUGAGAAGACGCGUUUGCUGGCUCCUUCCACACCAUUAACGGGGCGUAGGUACCUGAAGGAAAAGGAGGUGCUCAUAACACCGGUCUCUUCAGCUACUCAAAGUGUGAGUCGUCUGCAGAGCAUGGUGUCUGGCCUCUGCAAUUCUCCUAGUGAUGCUCUGCUCCAGAUCUUCAAGUCUUGUUCUCGUGACCCAACUGAAGCCAUUUUAAAUCGGGUGAAGAAGCUAGGAGAGACUUUUAAACAGGCCUACACCAAACAAGCAGAUGAUCUUCAAGGAGCCCAUAUGGACUUUGCAGAAAACCGUCUGAAGAUAGCCGAAAUUCUGUAUUUUAAAAUUCUGGAGAAUGUUAUGGCUCAAGAGAUUAAGAGACUCCAGGGUAAAGAUAUGACUGUGCUAUUAGAACAAGAUGUGUUCCACUGUUCUCUUUUGGCCUGCUGUCUGGAGAUUGUACUGUUUUCGUACAGUUCUCAACGAACCUUCCCUUGGAUUUUAGAAACCUUCCAGAUUAGACCAUUCUACUUUUACAAGGUGAUAGAGGUGUUUAUCCGCUCUGAGGAGGGCCUUUCAAGAGACAUGGUGAAGCACUUGAACGUUAUCGAGGAGCAGGUGCUGGAAAGCAAGGCUUGGACCAAAGACUCUGUACUGUGGGAGGCAUUACAGAAUGCUAAUUUUAAAGUCCCUACUGUAGCAGAGGUAAAUUUUCCUAGUAGCCUUGAUUCAGGCCGCAACAGCAUUAGUGGUGGCCCCAUCCACCUUCCUCUGGUGGCUCUGUCGCCCAUCAUGCACCCACGUCUCAGAGAGGUCCGCACUGGCAUAGGCUCAAGUGCUCGCAAAGAUGCUCCUCCAUCUCCCAUCUCUCUCCAUGACCGCUUCAGUUCUCCAGCAGCAGGCAGUGCCAAAAGGCGUUUGUUUGGUGAUGAUGCACAGCCUCAGUCCCCAGUAAAGCGAACAUCCGUCACACCCCUGAAAUUCAUACCCAGCACCUCUACAGAAAACAACAACCAGAACUCAUCCACAGCAACUGUCAUCUCCAUGGCUACUACUAAUGGUCAGCAACUCAACAUCCCUUUUCCAGUGAAUGACAUGGGAAGUAUCACGGUUAUCCAGGUACAAGCAAACCAGCUAAACCCUCUGACUGCCCAGAUGCUGCUUACCUCCCCAAACAAAGCCCCAGAGGUUCAUACACAGCCAGCCAACAAACCACGCCGCACAGGAUCUCUUGCACUCUUUUUCCGCAAGGUGUAUCAUUUAGCAAGCGUGCGUCUCAGAGAUCUAUGUCUAAAGCUGGACAUAUCAGCAGAGUUAAGGAGCAAAAUCUGGACAUGCUUUGAGCAGUCCUUGGUCCACUGUACAGACAUGAUGAAGGAUAGACAUCUGGACCAGAUCAUGCUCUGCGCAGUCUACAUCAUAUCCAAGAUCUCAAAAGAGGAGCACUCUUUUCAAGACAUAAUGAAAUGUUAUCGGAGUCAGCCUCAAGCAAACAGCCAUAUAUACCGCAGUGUGCUGCUGAGAAAAAUAGCUCACGAUCAACAGACUGAUGAAAAAAUGGAGGUUGAUCCACCAACAGACCAAACCACCGUCAGGACAGAUCCUGGUGCCAAAGCAAAGGCUGAUAGGGAAUCAGACGAGGACAGGGGUGACCUCAUCCAAUUCUACAAUUCUGUUUAUGUUUUGAAAAUGAAAUCUUUUGCUCUCAAAUAUGCUCACCCAGCAGCUGACAGAGUGGAUGCAUCCCAGUUAUCUCCAUUCCCCUCACUGAGAGCUCAGCCUCUUUCCCCACGGCGAAUAUCUCAGAGACACUCUGUCUAUCUGUCUCCUCACAAAAAUGGUUCCUGCCUCAAACCCAGCUCUGCUUACACAUACAAGUUUACUGGCAGUCCAUCUAAGGAGCUGAGCGACAUCAACCAAAUGAUCCGUCAGGGAAGUGUGAGCAAGAAGAGAGCUUUUACCAUGGAGGGAGAUGAAACCGAGUCUCCCACCAAACGUUUGAGCCAAGAAAGUGAGGAUGUGCUGCUCAAACGUCUACAGGAUGUUGUGACUGAGAGAGCCAAUCACUGACUUUAACACACCUUUGAUGUGUGUGUUCCCUGUUGGUGGUGAAGUUGCAACUACUAAAAUUUGGACUAGUCACAGCACAGUGACGAUGCAGCAUGAUCAUAACAUUUGGUUACGGAAUUUUAUCUUGUGCGCUAUGGUAUUUGAAAUGUCACACUUACAAAGUUGAAUCUGUAUAUAUUAGGGUGUAUAAAUGGGGCUUUAUUGAUUAUUUUAUUGACCACAUCUUCACACAUUGUUCUUUGUGGUACAAACCCAUGUAUCACUGUAUUGUGUUGUGUAGUAUCUACACAUCAAGAAGUAUUAUUAUUUUUCUAAUCCAAGAUGUUAUUCCAUUUAAGUAGAGGAAUUUGUCUGAUGAACGUCUAUAAUAGUGUUGGUACAUAAUGUCAUACCAAUCUAAUCUUCUUACGCCUUAAAUGCUUUGGUUAAAACAAAGUGAGUGCUUACAUGGUCUUUAAUCAGUCUCUGUGAUUGCUCUUAUCUCUUAUGUUCAUUUCUUUUAUUGUUUUGUUGAGAUUUUCAUAAUACCAUUUAUUCAUUUGGAAUAUUCUCAGGAACAGCCUUUAAUCUUUGGACCUGAAUAAUUUUAGGGUGAGAAUAAAGCUUUAUACUUCUGAAAAUAUUGUUGGAAAAACAAAUAGGGAUUUGUGCAUGAUGUUUGCUUCAUCUUUCUAUUUGUUGUUUAGAAGAGUGAUUUUUGUAUUUCUUGUAAUCUCAACCAAUAAA